GGGACACGGGGGGAACCGGGAGGAGCUGGAGGCACCGGGAAGCGGGCUGGUGUCCUGGGAGGGGCGCUGGGGACCCAGCGGGGAUGCUCCUGCGCUCCUGGAAGUCGCUGUUCACCGGGAGGCUGCUGCUCCUGACCAACACCCUGAGCUGCGGGGGCCUCCUGGCAGCCGGGGACUGCCUGCAGCAGGAAUGGCAGCGCCGCAAGCGCCCCGAGAGCCAGCUCCAACUGGGACGCACUGGGCGGAUGUUUGUGGUGGGCUGCAGCCUGGGGCCGCUGAUGCAUUACUGGUACCUCUGGCUGGACUCGGCGUUCCCGGCCCGGGGCGUGCGCUGCCUCAGGACGGUGCUGAAGAAAGUGCUCAUUGACCAGACGGUGGCAUCGCCCAGCAUGGGAGUCUGGUACUUCCUGGCCAUCGGCACCCUGGAGGGCCAAACUCUCCAGGAGAGCUGGGACGAGCUGAAGGAGAAAUUCUGGGAAUUCUACAAGGCUGACUGGUGCGUGUGGCCGGCGGCGCAGAUCCUGAAUUUCCUCUUCCUGCCUCCCACGUACCGCGUGGUUUAUGUCAACGUGGUGACCCUGGGCUGGGACACCUACCUGUCCUACCUCAAACACCGGGUGAGCCUCAGCCCCGUGUGCCCCGGCGGCCGCGGGAGCGCCGGGCUCAUCCCGCUGUCCCCGUUUUCCAGGAGCCGCCGCGGCAGAGCCAGCGCAGCGCCGGGGCGUAGGGAGGGCACGAGGCCGUUCCUGCCUGCACCAAACGGAUUUUCUGGCCACUGUGGAUCCCCUCAGCCGAGGGAGGGGAUGGCCAGAGCCAGCCCCCCCACGUGCCUGCUGCCUGAUUAAUUCAUCUGCUAAUUACAGCCAUGGGUUGGGGUUGUAACAAUCUCUUGUUGCAGGAUAACCUGUAAAGUGAUUUUCUUCUGGGAUUUGCUGGCGGAGCCGGGGUGAGGAGGAGCUGCUGCAGCCCCUGGGAAGGGUCCUGGCUGGAUCUGUUCCCUCUCCAGGGAAAACCUGCCCCUUGCUGCUCCUCCAGCACCUUCCAGCCACCCAAAUCCCCACAAAGUGGAUAUUGGGAAGGAAUUCUUCCGUGUGAGGGUGGCGAGGGGCUGGGCUGGAAUUCCCAGAGGAGCUGUGGCUGU